CAAGCUUAGCUUUUUUCGAUCGUGUCGAAAAAUUUAAAUAAUUUAAUACUCUCCUAAAGCUUUGUAUUGUAAAGGAGUGAAUAAUACUAUCGGUUUGUUUGUAAAUAAUAUACAAAUUAAAAAAUCUAAUGGUUAUCAGUUUGACCUGGCGUGAAAUUGCUAUUCUGGUAUUCGUGUGCUGUACUUGGCUGCACGUUGGAUAUUUAAGCUGGAAAUUAUCUACAAAGUUGUCCAAUAAUGCCGCUAACCGCUGAUGUUGCGGCACAACAAGUGCAGGAGCGACUUAGAGCACUGCAUAGGCUGAUAUAUGAAAUUGAAGCUGAAAGGGGUCGCAAUGAACAAUGCAUAGAGUCCAUAUUAAAGGCAGAAAAAGCAGCAGAGUCUCCACCAUCAAAUGAGGAUUCUUCUGGAUCAUCCCAACAGCAAAUGCAACUGAAAAGCUUGUACAAAGCGGGACUUGCAGCGGCCGAACAGGAAGAAAGGGUGCUGCGCGCGGCUCUCAAUCGGAUAUACGAAAUUCGAAGCAUUAAAAAUGAGAGACGCAUUCAGGCACGGCACGCCGGCAACAAGGAAACAAUCGGGUGCGGGGCGCUGAUGAAGAUGCUGCUGUCGGCCGCGGCCACGCUGCCGCUGCACGUGGGGCGCGGCGGCGAGCGCGCGCCGGCGCUGUGCGGCGCCGUGCCCGCCGACGCCGGCCACGUGGCGCGCCCCGGCGACGCCGUGGCCGCGCUAGUGCGCGUCUCCGACAAGGAGGAGAACUGGAUCCUGGCUGAGGUAGUGAGCUGGCUGCCGGCGCAGGGCAAGUACGAGGUGGACGACAUUGACGAGGAGCAGAAGAACCGUCACGUGCUGAGCAAGCGGCGCGUCGUCCCGCUGCCGCUCAUGCGCGCCGACCCGCGCACCGACGAGCACGCGCUGUUCCCUAAGGGCGCCGUGGUGAUGGCUCUGUACCCGCAGACGACUUGUUUCUAUCGCGCCGUCGUCAACCGCCUGCCCGCCUCUGCCGCCGACCCCUACGAGGUCUUGUUUGAAGACUCUUCGUACGCGGACGGGUACUCGCCGCCGGAGCGCGUGGCGCAGCGCUACGUGAUCGCCAUCAAGGAGGGCAAGGGCCGCGCCACCUGACCCGCGCCGCAGCGCCCAGGGACCGACUCCGCCUCCGUGCACUCCGCAGACUCCCUGCUUUAGGCUCGGGGUCAUUGGUGGCGGGACUGCCCGUGCCCGCAGGCGGUGCAACUAGUCAAACUCAACGUCACGUCAAACAAACGUCAGAUAACACACUGUAUCGUGCGGUAAAAAGCUCAUAAUGGUAAUUGUAUGUUCCCCGAUUUCGAGGAUGACUGCAUUGAUUUUGGAUAUGGAUUUAUGAUAUUAUGUUACUUUUAACCUUUUCGACGCCAUGUCAAACACAAAAGCUGACACGCGGACGCCACGUCACCGAAGUGUCAAAACUGAAAUUAAACUUUAUGCAUAUGCACGUAGGUCUAUGUUGCUCUGUAGUUUGUGACCGAUUAAUCAGUCUUUGGCGUUGAACCUGCGGUGCGGAUAUUGGCCUCCAAAAGGUUAAUGGUCAUGCCAAUUUUCAUGUUAUUUUAGUAUUAAAUUAGUCUGUAUCUAUAAUAACUAUGAUUAGCUUAGAUUUUAGUCAGUAGAUUUGAUAAAAUGAGGUAAAAUAUUUAAAUAAGCUUGUAAUUUGAUGUUUCAAUUAUUCCUUAUUAAGGCAGGCAAAGCAUACGACACAUUCGACUUAAAACAUGUGUUCUAUAUAAAAGACUUUUUUACUUUUGGCACGAAAAAGGGCUUAGAUGCUAACCUAACCUAAUCCCAAUUGAAAAUCUGAAAAAUAGCGAUUAUGUAAUCAUGUAGCAUUACAAAACAUAAAUUAGGUGUGAACUUGUCCACAGAAAAGACGCAUUUUUUUUUUCUUCGUUUAUAAGAUAAUAAUAAAUAAGCCAAUGGUGGAUUAUAUUGGAAAAAAAGGUGAUGUAAAACUUUUAGUAGCAUUGCCUUAGGGUGGUAUUCCACCUGCUCAAUGUCAAUGCGUCUCACUGUCUCAUUAAACACAUUAAGCGCCAUGAACCCGCUCGGGAUUUUGCUCUCGCUCGCGUUCGUUCGUGUCGCUUUUCUCUACAAAGCGGGAAAAUGCUGGGAUCCGCUACGAGCGUAGCGCUACCAAACGUUGGCAGUGAAUGUGUUAAAGCAAAAUGUGAGACGCAAUACACAUUGGACAAAGAAAUUGGAUAGGUGGAAUACCACCCUUAAGUAGAUAAGGUAUCUCAUGGUAUUAUAAUUAGGUAUAAAUAAAAGUCAAUAUUACA